AUGAACACAACGAAUGCCAAUAUGCAGCACACGCUCACCGCCACGAUGACCCACUGGGGCAGCGCCGCCUUUUGCUUUCUGCAAGCACCACUCCAAGAAAGACUCUGGCAAAUCCAGCUCGAUCACGACAUCCCCAAUUCCUCCGACGGCAGAUUCCUGAAAAUGAUCAAAGUAUACCUGCAAAACAAUGCAUCCGAGCGCCACCGAGACAUCGACAGCCUCGACAGACGCGGAGGCAUCCGAAUUCUCCAGAGCACAACAUCAAACAACCGAGAAAACGACCCGAACCACACCAACCUCACUCCGUACCGACCCGUCUUCUACGUCCAAGAGAGCUCACUCGACACCUUCUUCCAACUCCUGCACAACUCCCUGAAACACAACCUGAUCACCGGCCACACCAACUCCUCGCCCAAACUCCACGUACGAAACAACAACAUGCACAAUCUCCCCCUGCCCAAACUCACAGUGCCACAAUGGCACCUCAUCCAAGAAUCAAACUCACCCGACAAAGAAAGGCUGUUCGCAGUCCCGUCACCGCAAGGUCACCGACAUCUUGUGUGCAUCUUGAGCCACAAACAGCAUCAGUACAGCCUGCUCUUUCGCGGAGGAGCAGUUCCGUUUCUGCGGAACUUUGAGGUUUUACAGCACCGUCAUCCACCACGGGCACCGCAACCAGUAAAGCCAAAAGAGGAACCCGGCAUUUUGCUACAAGUGCAAAACGACGCCCAAGGACAACAAGAAGUCCUUACAAUGCUCGAAGAGACACUCCAAAACAUCCCAGUGCUGCUCCAUCACAACAUUAAAGAAAGGAACGACUCCAUGCUCAGCUGGCUCUUGACACUCGACAACAUCUACCCAGCAAAGACCACGAGCAACUGA